UGAGAGAGAGACAGAGAGUGAGAGAGAGACAGAGAGUGAGAGCCAGACAGAGAAAGCGACUCCACGUGUCUGUGUUUCUUCCCCAUUUCUCACUCUCCUUUUUGCCGGUCAGUUGUUUUUUUUUCCUCCCUUGUUCCUGUGCGGUUCUUAUUGGUAUGAUGGCACGUCUGAGCUUCUUCACCCUGCUCCUGCUCCUGCUGGGCCUGGUGCUACAGUCCUCCCUGGCCCAGGAGGAGGCUGCGGAGGCCGCCGCGGACACCCAGGUGCCGCCGGCAGCCGAGACAGAAGGAGGAGAGGACGAGGACUGGGGCCUGAACUCGGUCAGGGGCGGCUUCGAGGCGGUCAAUGGCUACUUCGACUCCAUGCUGGAGUUCAUGGGGGGACGUGACGGAGUGUGCCAGUUCCGCUGCCGCUACGGUAAAGCUCCAGUGCCUCGUCCUGAGUACCACGCUCCCGAGCCCAACGGCUGCAGCUCCUACUUCCUUGGCUUGCCUGUUCCUGAAGGGGUGGACAUGGGAAUUCCCGCUAUUACCCAGUGCUGCAACCAGUUGGACACGUGCUACACCACCUGCGGCUCCAACAAGUAUCGCUGCGACUCCAAAUUCCGCUGGUGCCUCCACAGCAUCUGCACCGACCUCAAGAAGAGUCUGGGAUUCAUGUCAAAGGUCGAAGCCUGUGAGGCGGUGGCGGACACGAUGUUCAACACUGUGUGGACCCUGGGCUGUAGGCCCUACAUGAACAGCCAGAGGGAAGCAUGUAUGUGCGAGGGAGAGGAUAGAGACGAGCUCUGAGGCCGACACACCAGCGGCACAGACAGACAUGACGUUCCACUCCACCCCGACUCUUCUAUGUGCUCGUGUAUUCAGUCUGGCCAACGCUUUCAUCCCAAGUCACUUACAGUAAACACUACAAUCUGCUUUUGAAGAGUGAUAACUUUGUUCAUGUAAUAUUUAAUGUUGAUAAUGUUGUGACUCUUCAAGAGUUUCUCUCCGGCCCCACUUUCAUCAAAUGAGUUCAAUUUGCACGCCUGAGCAACAGUCCAAUGUAGGAUCAUGUGUUCUUAGGUGGUUAAAAUUACAUUAAUUGAAGAUUUUUAAAGACGUUUAAAGACUUUUGAAUCAAUUGAAGAAGACACAUCAUCUGAACUACACUGAGUCCCUGCAUGGAGAGACUUACUUCUACGUUUAACCAGAUGGAAAAUAUGUCGACAUUGCACAAUGGUUUGGUACUAUGUAUUACUCGUGGAGUAUCUCAUGAAUGUGAAAUUUGUAUAGUUCUUAUAUAUGGCUUCAUUCCUGUCUGAAAUAAAUAAAUAAAUAAAAUUGAAGACAUUUUAAAAA